UUAAUCAUAGGUGUGUAAGGAAGCGGUCGGUUGCAAGCUAAUCAACAUUUCCAGCUCGCGACAUUACAGGAAGAGACCCACUGGCAUCUGUGUUCAAGUUUUACGACGUACACAUAUAUUUAUCCGAUUCCCACCUGAGGAAUCCUCACCUUGCAACGCUCUCUGGAGGCUAACGCGGGACCGCGUUGGACUUCAAUUACAGGAGCUUUGGGAAGAUGCAUUCUUCCAGAUUUGGUGUAUAUGACGGUCACAAUGGCCAUAGCGAGCGGGUUGACUUCUUAACCAACACAGAGAAGGUUUCCUCAAAGCGGAAGUACAGCAUCCUGAUCGGGGUCCUUGUGGCGCUCCUCGUCGUCGCGACCGUUGCAGCGUUUCUCGUAUGGUUGUUUGUCUUUAAAGAUGCUGAUACAGAAGCCACUCUACACAAACAUCUCAUCCCUUCAACGCAGCUCUUCAGUGGGCAUAUGAAGCUGGUUGAUGUACCGUACAACCCGGAGCUGGAGAACACCGACAGCAAGGAAUUUCACGAUUUGUCAGACAAUCUUGAGGCAAUUCUUAAAGAAACCUACAAGAGCGAUCCACUCCUCAAAAAAUAUUACACCACGUCUGUGGUCACUGCAUUCAGUGAGGGUGUGAUAGCCUACUAUUGGUCCCAGUUUGAUAUUCCAGUGGAAGACCUGUCGCUUGUGCCACAGUUCUCUGAAGUGCGUGUGUUGGGGACCCUGCAGAAUGGCCUAAAGAAGCAGCGCAGCGCGAGGACCUCCGGUAUCAAGAUCCGAGAGAUCACUGCCUCAUACACUGACCCACGCAUGGCCAGGAACCCCAGUGACACUGCCGAGUGUUUCUUCCGUCUGGAGGCUGAGGCAAAGACUAACACAUUUUCAUCACCUGGGUACCCUGAAGGCUACCCCCCCCUGUCUCGGUGUCAGUGGCAGAUCCGAGCGGCAGAGGACCAGGCCAUAUUUGUCUCCUUCCUUUUUUUCGACAUUGAGGAUGACUGCUCCGACGAUUUUGUCGCCAUCUAUGACUCUUUGAGUCCUGAUGAGUCUCAGGCAAUCACAUUAAAGUGUGGUCAGAGACCCCCUUCCAAUCCUCUGGCGGUGCUGUCAUCCGGCAACAUUAUGCUGAUUAAUUUCAUUAGUGAUUCUAAUAUCCAGAGGAGUGGCUUCGAGGCCAAUUACUCAACCAUUCCAAUGGCUAAAGUUAAAACCUGCGGUGGUGUCAUCUCUGACGCGCAAGGAGCCAUCUCCUCCCCACUUUACCCCAGCUUCUAUCCUCCUGCAGUGGACUGCAAGUGGACCAUCAAGGUCCCUGAAGGGAAAGAGGUGCGCCUGAAGUUCACCAUGUUCCGCAUGAAAGAACCCGGAGUGGACAUCAGUGUGUGUCACAAAGACUAUGUGGAGGUUAUGGGCACCAAGUAUUGUGGAGAACGGUCCACUUUGGCUCUGACCAGCACUAACAACAUCCUCGACGUGAUCUUCCACUCUGACGAGUCCUUCGCUGACAAAGGCUUCGAAGCCCUCUACAGCGCUUACGAUCCCGCAGACCCUUGCCCCAACAAAUUUGCAUGCGCCACUGGCAUCUGCAUCAAGAAAGAACUGCAAUGCGAUGGCUGGAACGACUGCGGGGAUUUGAGUGACGAAAUUAAGUGCCAUUGUGAGACGGAUCAGUAUUCAUGUGACAACGGUCUGUGUAAACCAAAACUCUGGGUGUGCGAUCGCGUCGACGACUGUGGAGAUGGGAGCGAUGAGAAAAGCUGCAGUUGUGGGACGAAUGAGUGGCGCUGUGGUGACGGGGUUUGCAUGCCUCAGGAUGUUGUUUGUGACAAGAAGACGGACUGUCAAGAUGGAAGCGACGAGGCCUCCUGUGACGCUUCUCAAGGCGUCUGUUCCGACUUCAGCUUCAAGUGUAAGAAUGCAGAAUGUGUCAACAAGGUGAAUGCCGAAUGCGACCGCGUCAAAGACUGCUCCGAUAACUCUGAUGAGGACUUCUGUGACUGUGGCACGAGGCCCUAUAAGCUGAACCGCAUCGUCGGAGGGCAGAAUGCUGAGCUGGGCGAGUGGCCGUGGCAGGUCAGCCUUCACUUUCAGACCUCUGGACAUGUGUGCGGUGCCUCAAUCAUAUCUGAUAAGUGGCUCCUUUCGGCCUCCCACUGCUUUAUCACCAGCAGCCCAGAGAACCGCGUUGCGUCAAACUGGCAAACCUACAGUGGCAUGCAGGACCAGUACAAGAUGGAUGACGUACAGCGCCGACCAGUACAGAGGAUCAUCACCCACCCGGAUUACAACCAGAUGACCUUUGACUAUGACGUUGCACUGCUGGAGCUCAGCAAACCGCUGGAGUUCACCAACACCAUCCAACCCAUCUGCCUGCCCUCUCACUCCCACGUCUUCCCUCCGGGCAUGGCCUGCUGGGUCACAGGCUGGGGCGCGCUCCGAGAAGGAGGUUCAAAGGCACAGCGGCUCCAGAAGGCUAUGGUGAAAAUCAUCAACGACACUGUGUGCAACACGGUCACGGAGGGCCAACUCACCUCCAGGAUGCUCUGCAGUGGAUUCCUGUCAGGAGGAGUUGACGCAUGCCAGGGAGACUCUGGGGGCCCCCUGGCGUGUUUUGAGGAGAGUGGGAAGUGGUUCCAGGCCGGCAUUGUGAGCUGGGGGGAAGGCUGCGCUCGCCGGAACAAGCCUGGUGUCUACUCGCGCGUCACCAAGCUGAUAGACUGGAUCAAGAAAGAGACAAAGAUUUGAUCGUUUCAGGAGGAACAGACUGGGGAUCUACAUCAUAGUGCUAGGAAUAAUUGAGAUGGAAAUUUUGAAUCUAAUUCUCUUAAUUUAGCAGCAGAGAGGAUUCUAUCGCACAGGCCCAACCCAUGAAUUACUUUGUUUUGUUUAAGACCGUUUUUCUACUAAUGCAACACACCUACUGAACAUUUUAAACCAGAGAGAUGCUGUGAUCCUCUUGGGCAGCAGUAAUGAUGUAUUCUGUCUUGUGCUCAUUCACAUGAGAACUAUGAAUUUGAGGUUUUAUUUUUAAAUAAUUUAAUGUACUAUAACUAAUUUUAGUUUUUUCCCCUUGUAUAAAAUUGAGGGACACGGUUCAACAGGAUGUCACCUAUUAGCUGGUGUCUGCAUUUUGGGUGUCCCCAGUCUUGUUUUUGUUGGUCGGCAUCUUUGCAUUUUACAACAUGAUCAGAGGGGAGCUGAAGUUCAAUUUUAGGUGAGCAAAAAUCCUUCAAUCAAUAAACUUCUAUACAUUGAAGACACACUGUGAAAGGUUAGACUUGUAAGCCAAAAAUUCCAAGACCGGAUAAAGCCACGGUAGAGGCCUGUCAAUCAAUAGGUGGUGACUCUCCUCCAUAACGCAGAAUGGUUUAUUCUGCUUUAAAUGGGAACAUAAUUUACUAAACAAACAUCAUGCUCUUUAUACAAAGACUUGGUAAUUAUGACCAUAAACUCACGUUUGCAAAGUUUACUUGGGUAAUAAAUAAAGUGAGAAUUGUACGUCUUGCACUUCAGAGUUGGCCCUAACGUCACAGAAGUAUUGCACUGCUUUUGACCUGUUGGAAACAAAUGUCUACCUUUUUUAAGAAGCAUACCUAGAUUUUCAUAUUGCUUAAAACAUUCAUCUUCGAAUCAGCCAGACAGCCGCUGGUCUCAGACUUUACGUAGGACAAAUGUGAACUUUAAGAGCCAUUCAAGAGCAUUAAGGUUAACAGAAAGAAUAGUGCGAGGAAUAAUAUGUUGUUCAAAUCAAUGCAGGGACAUUUUCAUACUAAAUCAGUAAAAGUAUGAAGCAUAUAGAAGGCAUUGAUCAGGCAAAAACACUUCAGGGACCCUGAAGUUGUUUUUACGUUGAUCUGAACUUGAUUGGUGUUUCUAUUACACAUUAAGAGAAGCCUGCUUGCUUUGCUUGCAAAUGAGUUGCUAAUAUGUUCAAGGAGGAGGGGCAGCGGGUUUUACAUCCAGAGAGCUUUUGCACACGUCUCACUCGUUAAACUCGAGGUAUUUUGGGUCCUGAGUCACACUAGCAUAUUGCCUGAUCGAUGCAAAGACUUUUCAUCCCUAUGAGAGUUUAUGUAAUACUCAACUCAACUUGUAUAUCUAAUAUUUUACUGGAUGGUUUGUUUUUACUUUGCCUUCAUUUUAUGACUUCCAUUAGCAAUAUUGUCCUGGAUAAGCAGGCUAAAGCUUUGCAUACAUGUUAUUUAUUGAAGUGUAUUUGAUGCAGAAAAUGUUCAACAGACUUCUAUUGAUUCCAUUAUCAAAGCGUUCAUGUGUAUUUUUCAUGAAUUAGUGAAAUGCCAGAACUUUUCGAUCAAUUUUAUUUUCAUGAGCAUUGUACAGUGUGGAUUUGGAUAUGGAUAUAUUUUAUCUUUCUUUUUUACUAUGAAAGAGUUUCAGUAAUAAAGAUCUUUCGUCUAACUUCGCAGUACCUAAUUGCAUUACCUCCAUUAUUUAUCUUAUAUUUUGUAUUCUGUUGUGCAUGAUAAAUGCAGGUCUUGUGAGACCUUGUCCCCUCUCACAGCAGGAUUGUAAUGAGCAUGUUACUCUCCUCCCUGUUGUGAGCAGCAUGCUUACCUGGGGAACUGCGGUGACAAGCUCAUAUUGUCAAAUAAUAUCUGCCUUUGUCACAGCUCUAUCCUAUUACCAUACAAGAUGGGCAUGGUGGAUUCGGGAGGUGAUACACAUACAGUGGGGGGGGGUUCCUCGAUCUCAUCAUUCUUCAUUAAAAGCAACCCACUACUGGGGGAAUAGGAAAAUCAACAUGGACGGUGCUGCUAAUUCAUAUAUUCAUCAUUGUUGGUACAUGGGAAGCUGUGUUUGUUGAUGUUCCUUACGCCCAAUGAAGAUACAAACCAGGUUGAUAACUCAGAAUUCGUGAUGUUUUUUUUUUAUCGGAAAUGGUUUUAUUUAAAUAUAAAUAUGUGUACAAAGGUACAAGCAACAAUAGCUCAUCUUAGCAAAUAAAAUUCUUAAUACAUUAUUAAAAGAAUCAACAAACAAAUGGCAAUUAGUUGUGUUCCCAAAAAGAAAAAAAGCAUAGUAACUGCAUUCAAUGAUUGAUGAACAACUUUUGUGGAACCAAAUAAAGUCAAGAUCGAUA